CCCAGGCGGGAGGGUAUAUAAUGGAACUUCUUGAUGUGAAACCCACCAGAUGACCUGGAAAAUACACAGACCGGGACAAGUUGACUUGAGUCUUUUGGGACAAAGAUGUGGGGUACGAGAGGAGGAAACUUGCACACAGAGAAGGCUGUAAUCAGUCAAGGGUGCAGAGGUGUUACACAAAAUCACUCUUCAGGGAACCGGGCCUCUAGCCCACGCCCCAGCAGCUCCCCUUCUCCUCCUCUGAAUUUACUGUCCCUUCUCUAGAACUCCUAAGCCUGACCCCGCUCCCUGGCCCUCCCAGCCCACGGUUCCCCUGACCCCACUCCCUUUCCCAGAACUCAGUCGUCUGAGCCCCCAGCCUGCGGUUCUGUCCUAGGCCUCAGCCUUUCCUGCCUUCGACUGAAACAGCAGCAUCUUCUAAGCCCUGGGGGCUUCCCCAGGCCCCAGCCCCGGCCUAGAACCCGCCCGCCGCCUGCCACGCUGCCACUGCCGCUUCCUCUAUAAAGGGACCCAGGCGUCCGGGCCAAGGGGCCCCCGCACAGCAGGUUCUCCCCAUGACACCACCUGGACGUCUCUACCUCCUGAGGGUGUGCAGCACCCCACCCCUCCUCCUCCUCCUGGGGCUGCUGCUGGCCCUGCCGCCCGAGGCCCAGGGGCUCCGUGGCGUUGGCCUCACACCCUCAGCUGCACAGCAACCCCCGAAGCCCUUCACCCGUGGCACCCUCAAACCCGCCGCUCACCUUGUUGGAGACCCCAGCACCCAGGACUCGCUGCGCUGGAGAGCAAACACGGACCGCGCCUUCCUCCGCCACGGCUUCUCUCUGAGCAACAACUCCCUCCUGGUCCCCACCAGUGGCCUCUACUUUGUCUACUCCCAAGUGGUCUUCUCUGGGAAAGGCUGCUUCCCCACGGCCGCCCCCACCCCUCUCUACCUGGCCCAUGAGGUCCAGCUAUUUUCCCCCCAGUACCCCUUCCACGUGCCUCUCCUCAGCGCUCAGAAGUCCGUGUGCCCAGGGCCACAGGGACCGUGGGUGCGCUCGGUGUACCAGGGGGCUGUAUUCCUGCUCACCCGGGGAGACCAGCUAUCCACUCACACAGACGGCAUCUCCCACCUGCUCCUCAGCCCCAGUAGUGUCUUCUUUGGAGCCUUCGCUCUGUAGAAACAUCCAGAAAGAAAGAAAUAGGCUUCAAGGCCUUCUCCCCAUUUUGCCUCCAUUCUGAACACUUCAGGGGUCACCUCACCUCUCCUUUGACCAUUCCAACAGUCUUGAGUCUUCCCCACUCCAGUUCUCAGCACUGGAGCUUCCAAAGAAGAAAUUCUAGGCCCACCAGGGGACCAGACCUCCCUGGACCACCCCAGAUGCUCAGCUGAGGACUUCAAGCCUGCCUCAAAAUGCCCGCCCAGAUCCCUUCCUCGGCCCUGGCCAUCUAGGGGGCCUCGUCUUGGACAUGGAGAGGGUAGCUGACACAUGAGGGAGCUUGGGUGGAUGACUAAAGCCAGUGGGGGGUGCUUAUUUAUGAAGGGAAAACAAUUAAAUUAUUUAUUUAUGGAGCAUGGAGAGAAGGGAAUAAUAGCGAGACAUCAGAAGAAAGAGCUAAUACACCCAAGAGAUGACAAGUGAGAGGGCUUGGGCGCAAGGAUGACCCAGUGAGAGAUAGAAAGUGUGGCUCUGAGGGACCAAGGGGUUCUGGAAGGAAGUGAAAAGCUCUUAAGAGCCAGCCGCUGCUUAACUGGACACCCCACAAGAUGUUUGACCCUCGAUGAAGCCAAAUAAACCUCUUUUCUCUGAAAU